AUGCAGUCGCAGGGUAUCCAAUUAACCGACCAGCAAUUUGGCAUUACGAAGUACAGCAUAAAUCAUGCCUUCAAUCGAGCUGAUUUUAAGGACGCUUAUCCACAACAUCGGACACAUCAGCCUAUAGCAUAUUGUUACUGUCCUUAUCCACUGAGGGCAAAGAAUAAACUCUGUUAUCAUUGUAGCACAUGCUUUCCAAAAACAACUACUAGUAUCUCGACAACAACAGAGCCUCCAAUUUCUUCUUCAACGGCUCCAACUACUACUAUGACAUCUACUACGACAACUACCACCACCACACCCACUACCACAACACCUACUACUACUACACCCACUACUACCACACCCACUACUACCACACCUACCACAACCACGCCCACUACCACGACACCUACUACUACGACACCAACUACUACGACCACUACUACCAUGACACCUACGACCACGACUACUACGACACCUACUACUACUACACCCACUACUACAACACCUACCACAACCACGACAACUACCACGACUCCUACUACUACAACGUCUGCUACCACUACUACUACUACUACUACUACUACUACUACUUCUACUACUACACCAACUACCACGACACCUCGAACGCCUACAACUAGCGAAAGCGAUGAAACUACUGAAAAUGACGAUGCAACGACACCUCGAACAGAUGGAACUACUGAAAGAGAUGAUGAUCACACAACUGCUACUACGCCUACAACACCUACCACGACCACGACAACUACCACCACACCAACUACUACAACACCUACCACAACCACGCCCACUACCACGACACCAACUACUACGACCACUACUACCACGACACCAACUACUACGACCACUACUACCACGACACCUACGACCACGACUACUACGACACCCACUACUACGACACCCACAACUACAACACCUACCACAACCACGCCCACUACCACGACACCUACUACUACGACACCAACUACUACGACCACUACUACCACGACACCAACUACUACGACCACUACUACCACGACACCUACGACCACGACUACUACGACACCUACUACUACUACACCCACUACUACAACACCUACCACGACCACGCCAACUACCACGACACCUACUACUACGACCACUACUACCACGACACCAACUACUACGACCACUACUACCACGACACCUACGACCACGACUACUACGACACCCACUACUACGACACCCACAACUACAACACCUACCACAACCACGCCCACUACCACGACACCUACUACUACGACACCAACUACUACGACCACUACUACCACGACACCAACUACUACGACCACUACUACCACGACACCUACGACCACGACUACUACGACACCUACUACUACUACACCCACUACUACAACACCUACCACGACCACGCCAACUACCACGACACCUACUACUACGACCCCAACUACUACGACUCCUACUACUACGAUCACUACAACUACAACACCUCAUACGACUACUACACGUGUACAAACCAAUGGACAGUCAGACCAAUGGACGUAUUGUGAACAUCCGACACAUAAGCCAAUAUCAAAUCGUUACUGCCCUUACCCACUGAGGGUAAACAGGAGGCACUUUUUACAUUGUACAUGUUUCCCUACGACGACUCCUACUACCACAACGACUUCUACUACCACCACGACGCCUACUACAACCACCACGACGACUCCGACUACUACUACUACGACUGUCACUACAACCACCCUAUCGAUUCCUACUACAACCAUUACUACGACUCCUACUACAACCACCACGACUACUCCUACUACAACCACCACGACGACUCCUACUACUACCAGCGUGACGACUCCUACUACAACCACCAGAACGACUUCUCCUACCACCACCACGACGACUCCUACUACAACCACCACGACGACUCCUACUACAACCACCACGACGACUCCUACUACAACCACCACGACUACUACUACUACAACUCCCAGAACGACACCAACUACUACCACCACCACGACUCCUACUACAACCACCACUACUACUACUACAACUCCCAGAACGACACCAACUACUACCACCACCACGACUCCUACUACAACCACCACGACUACUACUACUACAACUCCCAGAACGACACCAACUACUACCACCACGACACCAACUACUACCACCACGACACCAACUACUACCACCACGAAAAAAAAUAAACCUUAG